GAGAACCCUGAGAGAGGAGGUUGGGGAAGAGAGGCCAUCCCCCCUGCAGCACAAGGAGUUGUUGGAGAGAUCCGUUGGGUGUAGGUGUGACUGGGUGACUAGUGGCCCCACAGCUGGACCAUGGCUCAGGUGCUGCACAUGGACUCCAGCUUCCCAGGGAAGCUUAACCCCCCUGCUCCCCCCUCACUCCAUGGAAAGGAACAGGAGGCGCCUUACUCAGUGGAGACCCCCUACGGUUACCGUCUGGACCUGGACUUCCUCAAGUAUGUCAAUGACAUUGAGAAAGGAAACACCAUAAAAAGGGUUCCUAUCCAACGCCGCCCACGCUACGGCUCCCUGCCACGCGGAUAUGGCUACACGGGCUCCUGGUGGACCUCCACGGAGUCUCUGUGCUCCAACGCUAGCAUGGACAGCCGACACUCGUCCUACUCCUACUGCGCUCCAGGCUAUCACAGCUCUCAGAGGCCCAGCUUCAGCACAGCACGGGUGGAGAAGACCCUGUUGGACGCUCGUAGGAAGCUCGAGGAGGAGAAAGACGGAAGGCGCUUUUCCAACCUGGGCAGUAUGAACAGCAGCAUGGCUGGUUCCAACACGUCCAUCUCCAGUGCCCACAGCUUCAACCGCACUCAGGGCGGGAGCUCCGUCACCCCGAUGAGCUCCGGCCUCUCCACACCCGUCUCCCCGACGCCGGCUCACCUGCAGCACGUGCGGGAGCAGAUGGCGGUGGCUUUGCGCAAGAUCCGCGAGCUGGAGGAGCAGGUUAAGACCAUUCCUGUGCUUCAGGUAAAGAUCUCAGUCCUACAGGAGGAGAAGAGGCAGCUCAGCGUGCAGCUCAAGAGCCAGAAGUUCUUGGGCCACACCCUGGGAUUCGGGCGAGGCCGUCCUCGCGGAGAGCUCUAUAUCGACAUCCCCGAGGAGGAGGCGGGAGCGGGGACUUCUGGAACCACGAGGGUGGGAGGAGGACUCUCGCCCACGACUCCGGAUGGUUCCAAGCAAGACUCGGGCUGUGAGAUUGAAGACACGGUUAUCGUUGGAGGAGCCAGGCCAGGCGCGCAUAGGGAGGUCCGCAGCAUCGGCGUGGGGCCAGAGGAGGGGGAGGAGGAGAGGGGCAGGUGUCACGUGGGCAUAUGGGUUCGAGAGCAGGACCUGGGGCUGCUGCCUGAGACGGAGGCUCUGAAGAAUCAAGUGGGGCACCUGGAGGGUCAGCUGAAGAGGACGCUGCAGGAGUUGCAGAGCGCCCAGCAACAGGUGGAGGCAGCGCAGAAGGAGAGACAGACGCACUCUCCUCAGGCUGAUCAGUCAGUCAGAGCCACUAGCCUGGGCUGGCAAGAGGAGCAGGGCCAGGCCAGGGGAGGCCUGCACACUGUUGUCAGCUUUACACAGCAGCCUCCGCCACGCCAGCAGAGAACUGUGGGAAUCCAGGUGUAUACGCUGGAACAGCCCACUGUAGUAGGGGUGGGCACCUUACUGCGAGCCCAGGGUUGCAGCUCCCCUACUCAGACUAUCUCCACAGUUAAACUGGAGGCAGGUCACCGCGGACAAACAGAAAGCCUGAGCGCAGAAGAAUCACCUCGCGAGUUACCCAUUGCAGUCAGCUCCAGGCAGGUGCGAGAGGUCCUGAGGAGCGAAGUGUCCACGUCAGUGCCUGUUACAAACCCUGUCAUUGCCGUGGACACGGAGUGCAGUCAGGCUCCUCCACUGUGUCAGCGACUUAGAGAGGUUGAGACCAAUCAACAAACAGACACUGAAACCGUCCAGGCAGUACAAGAUGCAACUCAGACAGCCUCUCCACAGACGACUCUACGAUCAAUCAUGAAACGCAAGGCAGAUGGGGAGCCUGCUUCUCCUACCACUAAGAAGAAUCUGCAGUUUAUUGGAGUCAAUGGAGGAUAUGAGUCAACAUCGUCUGAGGACAGCAGUAGCGAGAGUUCAGAGGAUGAAAGCGACGCAAGUGAAUAUCAUGAGGCCACGGAGAAACUGCCAGAAUCUAUAACUCAACCACUUCAGACAGCGUCUGCCAGCCCCGUUGUUCCUGUCUCUGAAACAGACAAAUCCGCAGAGACAGCAGCUACCACACAGAGCACAGAAACUGACCAGCAUAACACUGCCCAACCACCAGCCAAUGAUAUUCCAGCUCAGAGGAAUACCAGCCAAUCCACAGACACGGAUACACUGACGGAGCAAGUGGUUACCCAAUCACCAGCCACUGGCACAAAUGUGCAGCAUUCUGUUAGCCAGGAAUCAACCACUGUCGCAACGUCUGAAGUGAUUACCAGCCAAUCAGCAGACAAUGUCCCUCAGCAACAUACCUCCCAAAGCAGUGCCACUUCACCUGAACAAAGCACCGUCCUGUUGUCUGUCACCAAUGCAGUCUCUGAGCAGACAAUGGUCCAAUCAGAAGACACUGACUCCAGUACUCAACAGAUACCAGAACCAAAGCAGGAUGAAACACAAUCAGAAACCAUAGACUCCACCCCUCAGCAGGACAACAGUCAGUCGCAAGCCAUUGACCUCACUCCCCAUCAGGAAGGUGUCCAAUCACCAGCUGCCACUGUUGGCUCCCAACAAGAUACACUCAAAUCUCCAGCUACUGACCCAGCACAUGGAAACUCAAGCCCUGUGCCAGCAACCAGUCAGGAAAGCAGACUGGAGCUGAGUGACACCUUUGUAUCAGCUCUACAUACUUUACAGAAAGCCCUCACUGAACCAAAUGGAUUCAGCCAUCAAGAAGCAAGGACAGCUUACACCACAGUGUUGCAGGAGUGGCUGCGUGUUUCGUGUCAUAAGGCAGCGGACACAGCUGUGGUCAGGGCCUACAUGGACACCUUCUCCUCCAUCUCUCCCCGACUGCUGGAGUUUGUCAUCAACAUGGCUGAUGGAAAUGGCAACACAGCACUGCACUACACUGUCUCUCACUCCAACUUCCCUGUGGUGAAAUUACUUUUGGACACAGGUCUGUGUAAUGCCGACAAGCAGAACAAGGCAGGCUACACGGCCAUCAUGCUGACAGCCCUGGCUGCCUUCCACUCUGACAGUGACCUUCAGACAGUCCUGCAGCUGCUGCGCACUGGAGACGUUAACGCCAGAGCCAGCCAGGCGGGACAGACAGCGCUGAUGCUGGCUGUCAGUCACGGCAGAGGGGACAUGGUCAAGGCGUUGCUCUCCUGCGGGGCGCAAGUCAAUAUCCGUGACGACGACGGAUCCACGGCGCUCAUGUGUGCGUGCGAGCACGGGCACGUGGAUAUUGUACGCCAGCUGCUGUCUGUGCCAGGCUGCGACGCCACACUCACCGAUAACGAUGGCAGCACUGCCCUGUCCAUUGCACUGGAGGCCAGUCAGAAUGAUAUUGCUGUGCUUCUGUAUGCUCACCUCAAUUUCGCCAAGCCACCCUCCCCUGUUUCACCAAAGUCUCCAAUUUUGGGAUCUUCACCACCUUCCAGUGAAAUGAAAUAACAACAGCACAAAACAGAUAUUUGGGGUUUCAUCUAAUGUUACACGCCAGUUCCUCAUCCGUUCCACUGCCACAAGUGUUCAAUGUACGUGUGUGUGUAUGUGUUUAAUAGUAUGUGCGUGUCUGUUUGUGUGCACACAGGAACAGUUCUGUAUCAUAUAUGUUCACACUGCGGGAAAAUUAGCACUUCUCACAAAACACAUGUAUCUUUUUAAACCGAGUUAGAGUUAUGUUUUUGAGUGACAGUCUCAUAAUUCUUCCUUUAAAUCAGUCAUAGUUUUUUGUUUUGAAUGAUGUUGAUACGAAUUGUUUCACAUUUUAAGCUCAAACAUAAUAGGGUAUGAUGUCUAUGUUGAACAAAUCUACUCUGAAAUUUCUCUCAGCAAUACUCUAAUUUCACUUCCAUUCCAGUCGAUAUGAUUUUGAGUGAGACACUAUGUUAUAUAAUUAGCAUGAGAUCAGUGAUUUUUCUAUGAUGUACUCCAUUCAUGCUUCUAAAAUCUAAACAAUUUCUUCACUCCUAGUAAGCAAUAUACCACAUACCACUUAAAAGAU